CGUGCAGCAUGGGAGAGCAGAAGGAGUCACUUCGCAAGAUCAUCACCACUUUAGCACUGAAGAAUGAGGAGAUCCAGAACUUCAUCUGCUCUCUCAAGCAGAGUCUGCAGAACUUGGAGGCCAACUCCACGCGUGUGCAAGAGGACCUGGAGUCGGAGUUCAGCUCGCUGCACACAGUGCUGGAUGAGCUGAAGGAUGGUAUGCUUACACGCAUCAAACAGGAACGAGCCAGCCGCACAUAUGAGCUACAGAGUCAGCUGAGUGCCUGCACCAAAGCCCUGGAGAGCUCAGAGGAGCUGCUAGAGACGGCCAAUCAGACCAUCUGCUCCUCAGAGACAGACGACUUCACACAGGCGGCCAAAGACAUUAAGGAUAGUGUGACGAUGGCCCCUGCCUUCCGCCUGUCCCUGAAGGCUAAAGUCAGUGACAACAUGAACCACAUGAUGGUGGAUUUCACCCAAGAGAAAGAGGUGCUGCAGGCAAUCAAAUUUCUACCAGUGCCUGCAACGCCAGAGAUCCAGCUGUCGGAGUGCCAGGUGUGCGACAACACAGUGACGGUGGUUUGGGCACUGGCGGAGCCCGACUCCAAGAUAGACCACUACGUGUUGGAGCACCGGCGCACCAACCAUGACGGCCCCCCGCGACCACGGGAGGACUACCCCUGGAUGGUGUUGGAGGGCAUUAAAACCACUGAACAUACUCUCAACGGGCUGCGCUUUGACACGCGCUUCAUGAACUUCCGCGUCAAGGCGUGCAACAAGGCGGUGGCCGGGGAGUUCUCUGAACCAGUCACGCUGGAAACUCACGCUUUUAUGUUCAAACUGGACGCUGGCUCGGCCCACCAGAACCUGCGUGUGGAGGAGCUGAGUGUGGAGUGGGACAGCAGCGGAGGGAAGAUCCAGGACAUACGCAAGGACAAGAACCUGACCAACUCCCCCAUGCGCUCCCCUGCCAGGACGGCCAUGAUGUCUCCAAAGAGGACUCCCUCUGCACGCGUCGGCAGAGACCGCUUCACUGCAGAGUCCUACACAGUGCUUGGUGACAGCAUGAUCGACGCGGGGCAGCAGUACUGGGAGGUGAGCUUCGACAAGGAGAGCAAGGCGUUUGCGGCCGGCGUGGCUCUUCGUAACCUGGGCCGCUUUGACCAGCUGGGCAAGAGCAACGCCUCCUGGUGCCUCCACCUCAACAACUGGCUCCAGCAGAGCCUGACGGCCAAGCACAACAACAAGGCGCGCACGCUCGACUGCCCCAUCCCCAACCGCAUAGGCGUCUACUGCAACUACGAGGAGGGAACUUUGUCCUUCUACAAUGCCAAGAGCAAGCUCCUCAUCCACACCUUCAGAACCAAGUUCCAGCAACCCGUCGUUCCUGCCUUCAUGGUGUGGAACGGCACCUUCACCGUGCACACAGGUCUGCAGGUGCCCAGCAUCGUCCAGUGUGGACAGAAGAGAAACAGCGGUACAAGCAGCUCCAAUGCCAGCCUCACCUAG